AUGGAAACUAUUAUCGGAACCGUCUUCUUCUCGUUCAUCGACCCUCCGAAUGUUCGUAUUACUUGGCCUCGCUGGCUUAAAAUGCCCUCUCCGAUGCAAGUUCUCGCUUUCGUGAUGGUAACUUAUUUUAUGGUUACAGGCGGUGUUAUUUACGAUGUCAUCAAUGAACCACCAAGUGUAGGGCAAACCACUGACGAAAGAGGGAAUGCACGCCCUGUGGCAAUAAUGCAGUACCGAGUUAAUGGUCAGUAUAUCAUGGAGGGUUUGGGGCUGAUUAUACUUGACAAAUGCAACGACCCUUUAACUCCAAAACUGAACAGACUGAUGAUGUUGGGCUUCGGCUUUAUUUGUGUCGUGAUUGGAUAUGUUGCAACACGAAUAUUCAUGAGGAUAAAAAUGCCUUCUUACUUGCACAGUUAG